AUGGGCUCAGCUGGGCGACCACAACAACCAAACUUUACGCGCAUGUCCAUUGGCGGACCGUUUGGCGCCGAUGCGGGCUUGUCAUCUGUCCGACGCUCUGUGUCGAGUAACAUGUUUAAUGGUGCCAGUACCAGCCGGCAGAGCUACGCCCCAGGAUCUAUUUCGUCCAAUCAGGCACCACAGAAUCCACAGCGCAGAAGUAGUGUAUUCUCGCGACCGUCUACAGGAGGCGGCCCAAUGGGACAUCAAUCUUUCUUCACCCAGGUCCCCACUGUAGCAGGCGUUCCAAGAGAUCCGCGCCCUCUCAGAGACCGGUCUUUCCAGGCGCGAAUUGGACAAGAGCUGUUGGAAUACUUGACGGUUCAUGGAUUUGAGUUGGAAAUGAAGCAUUCUUUGGGACAGAAUACUCUUCGCUCACCGACCCAAAAGGAUUUCAACUAUAUCUUCCAGUGGCUCUACCACCGAAUCGAUCCAGGAUAUAAGUUUCAAAAGGCUAUGGAUGCCGAAGUACCCCCGAUUUUGAAGCAACUACGAUACCCUUAUGAGAAAGGAAUUACAAAGUCGCAAAUUGCUGCCGUUGGUGGCCAAAACUGGUCGACAUUCCUCGGUAUGCUACACUGGUUGAUGCAACUGGCGCAAAUGAUGGAUCGCUUUCAGGCUGGGGAGUAUGAUGAUGCCUGUGCCGAGGCGGGUGUUGAUGUAACAGGGGAUCGCAUUAUCUUCCGCUUCCUAACUCAAGCCUAUCAUGAUUGGCUGCAGGGUGGUGAGGAUGAAGAUGAUGACACCGCGGAAAAGCGAUUGAUCCCGCACGUUGAAAACAUGUCUCAAGAGUUCGCUCAUGGAAAUGAGCGGUAUGUGCAGGAAAUGGAAGCACUGGAAGCGGAAAACCGGGCUCUCCGUGACCAGAUAGAAGAAGUGGAAAAGAGUGCUCCAGAUAUUGCCAAAUUGGACAAACACUUCCGCAUCCUAGAAGACGACAAGCGGAAAUUCGAGGAUUACAACCAGAACGUCAAAGGAAAAAUUGACAAGUAUGAGACUCGCAUCAAGUUCCUCGACGCCGAAAUUCAAAAAAUCGAUACCGAUCUCCAUGCUACUGAAUCCGAGCGUUCCGAGCUUCAAGCAAGUGUCGACCGCCAGGGCAUCACUAUUCAGGAUAUCGAUCGCAUGAAUUCGGAAAGAGAGCGUCUGCAAAAAAGCUUGGAAGAUACUGUGGCUCGUCUAGAAGAGACCCAUGCCCGUGUCAUGGAGAAAGAAGCGGAGGCCAGCCAGAAACUGGAAGAUCUAGAGCAGAUUGUGAAAGCCUACAAUACUCUCGGCUACCAGAAUAGCUUGAUCCCUGCGGCUGCGGAGAAUGCCAAGGGCGAAGACUAUGAGCUUAGUCUGAACAUUAACGAGAACAACUUCUCCGCCAGCCAGAUUGGUGGCCCUCCAAGUCGCAUCUCUCCUGAGGGCGAUCGCUUAUUGGCGGAACCUUUCACUGGGUACCAUCCGGCGCAUUUGCUCAGUCUAGACCUUCGGGGCUUUGUCCGGAACAGCCUACAAUCUCUCCGAAAGGAGAUCAAUGAGCGACGAAAGCAGGGUAUCGAUGAUGACCUUGAUCGGCGCAAUCUACUUGACAACAUCAAGGAGGCAAUGGAUGAGAAGCGAAGUGAAGUCGAGGCCCUGGAGCAUCGACGCCGGGCAGCAGAGGAAGAGUUUGAACGUACUAAGGAAAUUACUACGACUCAGAAGACCGCCUCUGAUGCCCAAAUUGAAAAGAUGGAGAAAGAAUUGGCUAAAAUGCGCGCUACUCUUAGCGACAGUGUGCAAUUGAUGGAGCAGCGCGAGAUGAACACCAACAUCGAAUAUGAACAAUUAACCCUUCGGGCAAAUUCCCUUCGAGAGGAGUUACACACCAAUGUUGAGACCAUGUUGAACGAUGUGAUUCGCUUCAAGGUACAUGUUCAGAAAGGUCUUGAGGAUUACGAAAGCUUCGUUGUUGAUGAAGUGGAGCAAGAGCUCGGCGGCGAAGAGCUCGAAGAAGAGGAACUAUGA